AUGACGUCGGUGCCGAUAGCGUCGCGCGUCGCGCCGGAGAACGCGCAGAGAUUUAUGUUGGUGGAGGGGUUGGGGUUCGUGGUCGUCAUGUCGCCCGCGACGUGCGUUGAUUCGAUGGUUGCCGUCGCGCAGAUUUUAGUGGAGGAGGAGCGAUCGGCGCUCGCGCGCGCGAAAGCGCUCGUGAUGGAGCAACGACAAAGACGAGCGAGGGAUGAAGCGCAGGCGCAAAUGUUUGUUACGCAGGCGCAAUCCGCGGCGCAAGCCGCGGCGAACGUCGUUUUCGCGGAGACGGGGCGAUCGACUUGGACGUCGGCGCCAACGCCGCCGCCGAUCCCGAAGACGCGGCAGAAGAGAAAGUCAAAGAAGGAGAAACAAAAGCCGAAAACUCACGGACCGUCGUCAUCACCGGGUACGACGCACUCGUCUCCAAAUACCGCGCCACCGUCACCACCAGCGUUUCCCACAGCCGUGAUCGCGACUCCCGAUUCGGCGAACGAGGAAGAGUUUCCGGCGCUGCCCAUUCGGCGCACUCUGCCACCCGACAACGUGUCCGCCUUGGUCGAGCCAGUAGCACCUCCUCUCCCACCUUCUAAGUGGUUUCAAUCACAAGGCUCAUCACCGGACCGAAAGGUCAUGCGGAGAAACAAGGGUAAGAGAUUCAUGCGAAGACGCAUCGAUCGAGUCGAGCAGUCCCACUGGGAGCUCGCGAUGUUUCUUUCCUCGCACCACGAGGAGCUGGAGAAGCGAAGUGUUGAGGCCAUCAAGGGCGUACGAGAAUGUAUUCGGCUUUUGCAGCGAUGUCGCGUCGAUCACGACAACGCGCUCGAGAAUCAUGACGCCCUCAUACCGAGCAUCACAGAGAGCGGACAAGCGAAAUCGCCGCUGUUCCAAAGAUGCGCGUGUUCGGAAUGCGCAAGUUUCGAAAGCGACAUUGACGGUCUCAUCGGUUACAACUUUUGCAAACAAACGUGCGACUGCGAUGCGUGCUUAAAAAUGUACGUGCGAGCGUUGUGCAAACGGCGAUGUGUGUGUCCCGAGUGCUUUGAGUUUUACACGGAGAUGCUUCACGCUAGCUCCGAAACGUCCAAGCAGCUCUUUUCCGAAGAUUUUCAGUGCGCUGAUGAUAUUCCGUCAAAUACCUGGAAAGGUAUCUCCGUGUUUUACUCGGAAAAUGGAACUAAUCGAACGCUUCGUAGCAUCGAAAAUUUACUGGAAAAAUUGAGACGACCGCAGCUGCUUCUACCGGCACCGGAAGCCAAGCCAACGAGACGGGCCCAUCCACGGCCUAAACGCGAACCGCCCUCGCCCUCGCAGGCGUGA